AUGAACAGCGACUCAACCCCCCAGCCUCAACAACCCCUCUACUCCGUCUUCUCCCCACGCAUGAAACAGUUCCUAGUAGUAAUGACCGUCUUCGGGACCUUCUUCUCGCCCUUCUCCUCAUCCAUCUACUUCCCCGCCAUCACGCCCAUCGCAACCGAAUACUCCCGCUCGGUCAACGACAUCAACCUCAGCGUAACGACGUACCAAAUCAUGCAGGCCAUCGCCCCGCUCUUCUUUGGCGAUCUCAGCGACCAGAUCGGCCGCCGCCCCGUCUACAUGCUGGGCUUCGCCAUCUACCUGGCCGCCAACAUCGGCCUGGCCGAGCAGCACAGCUAUGCGGCGUUGAUGGUGCUCCGUGCGAUGCAGAGUACCGGGUGUAGUGCGACGGUGGCUAUGGGGAAUGCGGUUAUUGCUGAUUUUACUACUAGUGCUGAGCGCGGGGGGUUUAUUUCGGCUGUGCAGGCGAGUAUUAUGUUCGCGCCGGCCCUGGCUACGACGGUGGGCGGGAUUUUGUCGCAGUUUCUUGGUUGGCGGUCGACGUUUUGGUGUAUGGCCAUUGCGGCGGGCGUGUUUCUGCUUGUUUACAUCCCGUUCGUGCCCGAGACCGCGCGGAACAUAGUUGGCGACGGAUCUAUCGCCCCGCCGGUCCUCAACGCCUCGCUCAUGUCCGAGUAUCGCGGCUGGAAAGCACGCCAUGACCAGACAAACCCGCAGCAGGUCCCGGAGCGCAAAAAGAUGCCGCGCAAGCUGCCCAUCCCAAACCUCCUUGCAGCCGUCCUCAUCAUGUUUGAAAAGGACAUAGGCCCCCUGAUGCUCCUCAUGUCGCUGCUGGUCAUGGCCAACUACGCCGUCAUGGUCCCCAUCCAGGACGUCAUCCGCCGGCAGUACGACUUUAAUGAUUUGCAGGUCGGGCUCUGCUAUAUCCCCUUCUCGGUCGGAUCCGUCGUCGGCUCGGUCGUCAUGGGCAAAUUGCUCAACUGGAACUAUGCGCGGGUUGCCAGGAGUAUUGGCAUGUCGCCGGACCGAAAACGGGGCGACGAUCUCCGCAAGUUUCCCAUUGAGCGAGCGCGGCUGGACCUGGUGUGGCCUUCCCUCUUUGUGGCUGUCGGCGCGAUUAUUGCCUGGGGCUGGGUGGUUGUGUCGGGAGUGAAUCUGGCUGCGCCGCUGGUGGUUUUGUUCUUGGUUGGUGUCGCGUCGACCGGGCCGUUCUCCAUCUUGACGACACUGCUCGUUGAUCUUUAUCCGAUGAAUCCGGGGAGAGUGUCGUCAACCUUCAAUCUGACACGCGCGACCUUCAGUGCCGCGGGCACGGCGGUUGUGCAGUACAUGAUUGAUGCCUGGGGGUAUGGCUACACGUAUCUCUUUCUGGGAAUGCUCGUUUUGGCCGCAAGCCCGAGCGUGCUCAUUGUGCGGAAAUGGGGUCCUAGAUGGAGGGAAGAGAGAUUUCAGCGUCUUGGAGGGCCAGGCGCAUGA